AUGGUCGACGACUCGGACAACGAUGAGGACGAUUUCGAGGUGGUCUCUUCCAAACGAAUUGGUUCGAGCCAGAACGGAAUGCAUGCUCUUGCCAACAAAUGUGACGAAAACCAUAUCAUUUAUGACGAAACGGUAGCCGCCAAACUCGAGGAGCUCGAUGCCGAGGCCGAGUCCGUGCAACGCCAAAUUGCAGAGCUGCAAAGACUCAAGGAUGCUGUCGUGCGCGAGAGACGUAAAGUAUACAACGCUUACCUCAAGACGUUGCAAUUGGAAAACUCUGCUUCGGAUCGCAAGCUGGGUCUCGACUAUACUACCACCUCCUUCUCCUGGAGCGACGAUGUUCGGCUCGCUGCACUGUCUGUCUUUGGUAUUCCCUCUUUCCGUUUCUGUCAGCUGGGUGUCAUCAAUGCAGCCCUGGACGGCCGUAACGCUGUAGUCGUGAUGCCGACAGGAGGCGGAAAGUCGUUGUGCUAUCAACUGCCUGCAAUUCUGAGGCGUGGCGUCACACUCGUAGUCUCGCCUCUGAUCUCUCUCAUGACAGAUCAAGUUCUCCACUUGCAGCAAGUGGGUAUCCAGUCCGAGCUGCUUUGCAGCACCACUCCACGAGAGCGUUCGAAUGCCAUUCUCAAGCAGAUACGACUCGGUACAACCUCCGAAAUCGAGCAAGCCACCUGCUCAUCAGGCUGGAAUUACCAUCAGAACGACGGUAUCAAGCUACUCUACGUCACCCCGGAGCGCAUCGCAAAGUCUAAAACAUGCCUCUCAGCUCUGCAGAGCGCCUACGAGCAAGCAAGACUCUCCCGCAUCGUGAUCGAUGAGGCGCACUGCUGCUCACAGAUGGGACACGACUACAGGCCAGACUAUGCAAAGCUAUCGCUGCUUCGACGACUGUUCCCCAAAGUGCCCAUCAUGUGCCUCACGGCAACGUGUGGACCCAAGGUGCUCAACGAGAUUCUUGAAAUCAUCGAUCUUGAACCCAUCACCGAGCCCGACAAUGCGGCGCCUAAACGCACCAUCUACUUUACAGCUCCACUCUUCCGCCCCAAUCUUGCCUACAAGGUGGUGCAGCGUCCGCAACAGACCAAAGCAGCCGCUGAGGCCAUUGUCGACUAUAUUCUCCAGAAUCACGCUGGUCACAGUGGGAUCGUCUACUGCCUUUCUCAAGCCGAUACUCAAGCGACCGCAAAGGCGCUUAGUGAGUUGAGCAGUGGCCGCAUAGCCACAGGCUGCUACCAUGCCGGUCUUGACGACGCAAGCAAGCACAUGAUCCAUACUGAUUGGCGCACAGGUCGCAUUCAGGUGGUUUGUGCCACGAUCGCGUUUGGCAUGGGCAUCGACAAGCCCGACGUGCGCUUUGUCAUUCACGCCUGCAUCUCGAAAUCCAUCGAUGGAUACUAUCAGGAAACCGGACGGGCGGGUCGAGAUGGCCAAGACUCGGACUGCGUUCUGUUCUAUCGUCCACAGGAUGCCAUUCGUAUGAGCUCGCUUGUAGCUGGCGAACCGACGGGACGAGAAAAGCUGGCUGCCAUGCUCGAGUACGCCCAGUCGGCUCGAUGUCGACGUCAGCUGUUUGCAGAGUAUUUCUCCGACAUGUUUGAAAAAGGCGACGAUCAAGCUCAGCAAGUCUGCGGCACAUGCGACAAUUGCACCGGUAAUCGCUCGACGCUGCUCAUCGAUGCACGCAAAGAGAUGUUCCAGCUACUUGCAAUUCUGGCCGAGAUGUGCAGGCAAGGCGGCAGAAUCACUUUGACCAGCCUAUCCGAUGUAGCUCGCGGUCUGGGAGGCGGCAAAUUCAAUCUGGAUCCAAACCUGACCCACUUGGAAAAACCCAAGUCAAAGUCGAAUGGCUCCAACGCGGCGGCCAAGGCUGGAGUUAUAGAUUUGCAAUCCGUUGCUGGGGGCAAGAUCACGCUGCAUCGCGACGUUGUCGACCGCUUGAUCGUGCAUGGCAUCCAAUCGCAACUGAUCCAACAAACCUAUUCGGCUACAGCAUACACCGUCAACGUCUACCUAGAACCGGGCGCCAAAGCGACGCGCUUCCUUCGCCAUCCACUUUCGACCAUCUCGUUGCAUACGCAGCUGGACCUGCUUCCUUCCGUAUACAUUCUACCGCCCGCCGAAAUAGCUAUAGCCGCAGCCGGUUCGAAAGCAAGCGUUAAACGAAUCGCAACAAACCCUGCGACAGCUCCGAGUGGAGCACAAAAUCGGCGCAAAAAGAGUCGUUCCGACACCAUCGUCAUUCAUUGA